GAAAUGAAAAGAGUUUAGCAGCAGAUCUAAACGACGCCGCAUAGGGGGGAGCCAAGGUCCGUGUGUUAGCCCGCCUGGUGCUUCGAAUUGAUGCUUUUGCGCCGAUAAUGGUUUAUUUGCGCGGAGGUGUUGGUUCGUAUUCGAUUGCUAAGUUAGAAAGUUUAACAUGGAGAAUGAAUUUCUUAGUAAAGUUGAGGAUAAUACGGCCGUCCGUGCAUGGUCAGGGAAGUUUCAAACCGAGAAAGGGGAUAGCCUGACAGAAGGAUAUACAUCAGAGUUGCAGAAUUUUACCCGCAUCAUUGUGACACAGAACAAGCUGCAGGAGUUGAAGGAUAUAUGGACUAGUUGGGAUGAGUGCAUUAAACAGUUGUUCUACCAAAGUUAUGGUGAUAUACCGUACUUGCUUGAUGUUAAGGUGGAUAAGCGUUUGUUCCGAGGUAUGGCUCAAUUUUGGAAUGCCGCUUAUAAUUGUUUCACAUUUGGAGAAGUAGAUUUGGUUCCUACCUUAGAAGAAUACACUACUUUGUUGAGGAGUUCAAAGGCUCAAGCCAGGAAAAUUUAUGCUAAGCUUACUAAUAGUCAAACUUUUGCGAAGAGGUUGGUGAAUAUUUCGGGGAUGAGUGAAUCUUGGGUCACUGCUCGAAUUCAACAGAAUGGGGAUAGCAAGUGUAUUCUUUGGGAAAAUUUGAGAGAUUUGAUUUUGACGCACCCAGAUGUGAAGAAAAGGGUUGAAAUUUUUGACUUAAGCAUCUAUGGGUUGGUGAUUUUUCUUAGGGCUUUAAGACAUAUUGAUGAGGCAGUAACUGAUUUGUUUGAUCGUCUCGGGAAAGGAGUCACACCUGUACCUGCAAUACUGGCCGAGACGUUUAGAUCUUUGAAUAUGUGCCGGAAGGCCGAGGAAGGUCGAUUUAUUGGCUGCGCACAGUUGUUAAUGGUAUGGUUUCAUGGGCAUUUUUGGAAAGUAGAUAAGGUAUCGUACCGAGUUUUCUCCGAAGGCUACUCCCCGUUAAAAGAAGAGAUAGUGAUGUAAAGGAGAGAUGAUAUUUCAGAAGAAAAAUGGAUGGAAAUUCUCCAAAAUCUUAAGGAAUAUGAUGUAGAGUGGAGGGCUUUCUGGAUGGUUCCCGACGAAAUCUUGUAUCGAUGUAGAGAUUAUAAUUGGGUGUCAUUAUUAGAAAUUUGGGGAGCUACUGGAUAUACUCCUUUACUUGCACUAAGGUAGUAUAAGUCGUGGCAGUUCAUACACACAUGGGUUGGCUCAGUGUGAAUUUUCAUAUAAAGAAAACCACUAUAGGAAGAAGGUUCGAGAAUUGUCUGAUGCUUGGAGGCAGAUGCACAGGAUGAAAAGGUUGACUGUUGGCUCUAUGGUAACACCCGAAUAUAAUGGAUGGUUUAGAAAAAGGGUCAAUGACAAUAUUCCUAGACCGAGUUUGGAAAGCGCUCGACUAAUGGAGAAACAGUUACAAAUUGCCCCGUCGGAGUUGGAAAUUAUAAAGCAGGAUUUUGAGAAAAAGAGUUCUGAGUUCGGGAAGAAGAUUGAGCAGUUGGAAGAAGAGAAGAUGCACUUGAAGUUAGAAGUAGAGAUUCAAAAGUCAGAGACAGAAAAGCUACAGAAAAGGAAGGGUAAAGUUGAGGAAGAUUUGGAAAGUUUGAAAACAGAUUAUAAGAAGCUGCGUUUAUCAAUGAGAACUGCUGGGUUAGGAAAGACUUUGGAACAAUGGCGCCAAGAGGUUCGAGAAGAACGGGCUAAGGCAGAUCAAUGGGAAAAGAGGUUCUAAGAGGCUCAAGCUCGGAACGAAGCUUUGGAAAGAGGGCUGUCAGAGAGUAAGAAUGAGAAGGAUGAAUUAAGAGCCAGAGUGGCAGAACUUGAGAGAUCUCUGUGUUUAUACCGAAAUCGUAAUUCUGUGACAGAGUUGAAGGCAAGCUUAAGUAAGAUCGAGGAGAUGAAAGGAAAAAUAAAAGAACUAAAAAUAGCAUUGUAAUAUUGUGAAAUGAGGAUUGAGUUCUUGGAGGCAAACGAGGAGCAAUGGAAGAAUUAGCUUCAUUAUUCUCAAGACCAGGUGAGCAACAGGGACUACAUCAUGGGAGAAGUUGUAACGCAAAUUCGAGAAGUAGCUAACUACUUGCAGUCCUUGGAGGUACAAGUAGACGUGUUAAGUGUGAAGUACGAGCUGGAGUCAGACAAGGGACAGGAACUAGCUUCAUUACUUAGGAAAAUUAAUGUCCUCAGUGCUAGGGCGAAGUCGUAUUUGUAACUCAGUUUUAUGUAAAGGGUUUUAUUUUCUAGUGAAAUUUUCUAAAAGGAAUUGAAUUAGAA